CGGCGGUGUGGAGAGGUCCAGCGAAGGCGGUGGCUGGGGCGGGGUGGAGAGUCGGGCUUGGGGCGGUGUUCCCCCCCCCCCAGCGGCCCCUGUUAGCCCUCUGUCCGUGCUGGUGUCUCCGUGGCCUCGCGUGUUUUCGGGGCCAGCCCUGCUCAGGGCCACAGCGAACCGUGCCCACCCGAGCCUGAAGGCAGGGGCCGUGGCCAACCACGCCAGGUGGACGCCAUCAGGUGUGCCCUGGAAGUUUGGAACGUUUCAGAACCUGCUUUCCCUCUGAUGUGGGUUUGUUUUGAGAGUCUCAUUAGGGACGUAUACCGAGCUAUACCCCAGUUUCGGGAGUUGGUGUGAGAAAGGGCCAGCAUGUUUUCAUAGUAAAGCAUCCGGCAUGGGUGGGAAAAGGCUGAGCCUUCUGGAACAUAUACAUCCUGACUUCUGCCUUUCCUUGGCUGAAUUCUUUUGAUUGGCUUCCUCGCAGCUUGACUCGUUUUUGUGUACCCCCUUACUGACUGACUUUCGGCGAGGCUUCUUGUUGGGCCAUCUGAGGGGGAAAAUGCUUGUUUUGUACUGCAUCGUGUUGUAAGCUUGAAAUAAUAACCAUUUAGAACUUUUGUUAAUUAGAUUCAUAUUUUUAAUUCGUAGAAGACAACUAUUUGUGGCUCUCAGAUUCUAGUUCAUGUAACAGAGCCAUUGGUUAUAUUGAAUGCUUUACAGAAUUAAAACCUUUUUCUUUAGUAUAUAUUUUCCCAUCAUAUUAUACUUCUUCAAGCUGGUUUUAAAUAUGCUUCAAAUAAUUGAGGAUUAUUGUAUCUUGAUUACUUGGGUAGUUGACCGCUCAGUGCUUUAAAAUUUUUAACCUUAAGGCUCUGAUGCCGAAGUACUGAUGAUAAGGGUUCGUGACUUUGUUAAGGUAUUAAGAUAUGUUUAAUUAAAAAUGACAUCACAAAAAAUGCAAUGUGAGACAACGCCGAUUUUGUUAGAGAAUAAGGUACCUUGCCCAGCCAAAAAAAGUAUAAAUAGCAGCUUGAUUUUACAUGCAAGUAACUUACUAUAAUUCUAAUGAAAAAUAUACCCAUUCUGUCCCAUAAUUAUAACUCCUAUAUAUCACAUACUUUUUGUGUGUCACCAAACUAGGUAAUUUGUUUACCACCGUUUUAAUUGAGGGUACUAAUCUAGAAACUGAUUACAUAAGAAAUCUCUCAUAGAUGACAGUUGAGUCAAAAAUGAAGCCAAAACUCUUACUGUCCUCCUUUCAUCAGCAUUUUACUUAGGGCCGGGCAUUGUGCAUGUCAUAGAAAUUUAAGUAUAUAUUUUUAAGCACUUAAAAGGAAUACGCAUAAACAUUUCCCCUGGAUUUUCAUGUUCUAUGACUAUCUUGAAGACAAGAAAUCAACAUGUUGGAGUUGGGACUUAAAUUUGAGAGUUGGACAGCACCUUUAGGCAUGGGAGGCCCUGAGCGCCUUUCUGCGCAUCACUGCCCUGUCUCUGGCAUGUGCCUUUCCACGCCAGUUGGGCCUUGCCUGUCCGUGUGCUACUUCUCCAUGCUAGAUUGACACCCGCUUCUAUCCACAGCACAGAAGUGAGCUUCUAGUUGGAUCCCCUGCCUCGGGCCACAAGAGCAGAAAUGUUCACUAGUUUGUUCUCUCCUGCAAUAUCCCUUCCCCCAGAUUCUGGGACCGAGACAUCAGGAUGUUCUUUCCACCACUGUCCCCAAGGCCUGACCCACGCCUUUCCUAGUGACAUAUUAUUCCUCUACCUCUCUUUCAUAUCUAUUGAGUGAAUGUAAGAUUAAUGGUAAUGAGAUUCUCUAUGUAAUAUGACCUGGUUAUAACAAAAUCAGCAAUAAAAUUGAAGAUAUGUAAAGAUUAAAAAAAUAAAUUUGAGAGUUGGAAAUAACCAUAACUGAUUUGGGAAAUAUUAAAAGUAGGUAGGUAGCCUCUGUAGUCUUUUAAGAAAAGAGCUAACGUAUCUCAGAGGUACCUUAAAGGGGAAGGAAUAUACAUAUGCUAUACCGUUAGGUAGAUAUCACAGCUUAGUAUUUAAAUUAAUGACAACAACAAAAAUAACUGCCCUUCCUCACAUAAUGCUUACCUUUCUUUGCGCCUCACUUAUUACCCCAGCAACUCCAGACCCUAAUUUUUAUUCAUCGUAUUAGUUUAUAUAUCUUGAAAAUAAGAUAGUAUUUUGAACAGUUGUUUCCAUUAUAGUCCAUUAAGUGCAUUGGCCUGAACUGACACCUGUAAGAGUGCAUGAGAUCAUAAGAAAGAAGUGUCCCUGAAGAUUCACAACCUGGAUCUCUAGGAUCUGGUAUACUUACCUGCUGUGCAACUUGAGCUCUAAAAACUGUUGUCUCUAUGAUAGGAGAGUGUUACGAUACAUGAACAUGGAUGAGAAGCAAUCUGGAUAACUUAAGAGUGAUGCAGUUGAUUAAGGCAAGGCGAUUUGACUGUAUGGGAAGGGCUAUAGUGAAUCCAGCUGUUGUCUAGAUGUGAGCAUGAGCACAGUUGAAGAGGACUCUGACACAGUGACAGUAGAAACGGUGAAUUCUGUGACGUUUACUCAGGACACAGACGGGAACCUCAUUCUUCAUUGCCCUCAGAAUGAACCUGAUGAAAUAGAUUCAGAAGAUAGUACUGAACCUCCACAUAAGAGGCUUUGUUUAUCCUCUGAGGAUGAUCAGAGUAUUGAUGACUCUACUCCUUGCAUAUCAGUUGUUGCACUCCCACGAAAAAGAAAGAUGGGGGUGAGGGAGCAUGAAAGUCUACAGCUGGCAUCAUCAUCUAGAAUUUCAGAAAAUGAUCAAAGCUUUGAGGUGACCAUGACCGCGACCACAGAGGUGGCAGAUGAUGAGCUUACUGAUGGAACUGUGACACAGAUCCAGAUUUUACAAAAUGAGCAACUUGAUGAAAUAUCUCCCUUGGGUACUGAGGAAGUUUCAGCAGUUAGCCAAGCAUGGUUUACAACUAAAGAAGAUAAAGAUUCUCUGACUAACAAAGGGCAUAAAUGGAAGCAAGGGAUGUGGUCUAAAGAAGAAAUUGAUAUUCUGAUGAACAAUAUUGAACGCUAUUUGAAGGCCCGCGGAAUAAAAGAUGCAACAGAAAUCAUCUUUGAGAUGUCAAAAGACGAAAGAAAAGAUUUCUACAGGACUAUAGCGUGGGGUCUGAACCGGCCUUUGUUUGCAGUUUAUAGAAGAGUACUUCGCAUGUAUGAUGACAGAAACCAUGUGGGAAAAUAUACUCCUGAAGAAAUUGAGAAGCUCAAGGAGCUCCGGAUAAAGCAUGGCAAUGACUGGGCAACAAUAGGGGCGGCGUUAGGAAGAAGUGCAUCUUCUGUCAAAGACCGGUGCCGACUGAUGAAGGACACUUGCAACACAGGAAAAUGGACAGAAGAAGAAGAAAAGAGACUUGCAGAGGUGGUUCAUGAAUUAACAAGCACUGAGCCAGGUGACAUAGUCACGCAAGGUGUGUCUUGGGCAGCUGUGGCAGAACGAGUGGGUACCCGCUCAGAAAAGCAGUGUCGUUCUAAAUGGCUCAACUACCUGAAUUGGAAACAGAGUGGGGGAACUGAAUGGACCAAGGAAGAUGAAAUCAACCUUAUCCUCAGGAUAGCAGAGCUUGAUGUAGUUGAUGAAAAUGAUAUAAACUGGGAUCUGUUAGCUGAGGGAUGGAGCAGUGUCCGUUCACCACAAUGGCUUCGGAGUAAAUGGUGGACCAUCAAAAGGCAAAUUGCAAACCACAAGGAUGUUUCAUUCCCUGUCUUAAUAAAAGGUCUUAAACAGUUACAUGAGAACCAAAAAAACAACCCAGUGCUUUUGGAGACUAAAUCAGGAUCUGGAGUUCCAAACAGUAGUUCCAAUUCCAGUGUACAGCAUGUUCAGAUCAGAGUCGCCCGCUUGGAAGAUAACACAACCAUCCCUCCAAGCCCUGUGACAGCAUUGCAGAUUCCUGUCCAGAUCACUCAUGUCUCUUCCACAGACACCCCUGCUGCUACUGUUGACUCGGAAACAAUAACACUAAAUAGUGGAACACUACAGACAUUUGAGAUUCUUCCAUCUUUUCAUCUGCAGCCCACCGGCACUCCAGGUACCUACCUACUUCAAACAAGCUCAAGUCAAGGUCUUCCCCUAACUCUGACUGCAAGUCCCACAGUAACGCUGACAGCUGCUGCUCCUGCUUCUCCUGAACAGAUCAUUGUUCAUGCUUUAUCCCCAGAACACCUGUUGAACACCAGUGACAAUGUCACAGUGCAGUGUCAUACACCAAGAGUCAUCAUUCAGACUGUUGCUACUGAGGACAUCACUUCUUCUGUAUCCCAAGCAGAACUGACAGUCGACAGUGAUAUUCAUUCAUCUGAUUUUCCUGAACCUCCAGAUGCAUUAGAAGCAGACACUUUCCCAGAUGAGAUUCCUCAGCCUAAGACCACUAUACAGCCAUCAUUUAAUGAUGCUCAUGUGGCUAAGUUCAGUGACCAAAACAGUACAGAACUGAUGCAUAGUGUUAUGGUCAGAACAGAAGCAAUCUCUGACACUGACCUUAAGCAAGAAGAAUCACCCUCAGAUUUAGCCAGUGCUUAUGUCACUGAGGCUUUAAAGUCUCCCACCAUAGUAGAACAAAUUCAUCAAACAAUAGAUGAUGAAACGAUACUUAUCGUUCCUUCACCACAUGGCUUUAUCCAGGCAUCUGAUGUUAUAGAUACUGAAUCUGUCUUGCCUUUGACAACACUAACAGAUCCCAUAUUCCAACAUCAUCAGGAAGAAUCAAAUAUAAUUGGAUCAUCUUUGUGUAGUCCUGUUUCUGAAGACUCAAAGGAUGUUGAAGAGUUGGUAAACUGUCACUAGGUAAUUUUAUGAAACAGGGACUUAAAGCAGAGAAGCCACACACACAUUAUCUCCAAAGAGAUAGGAGCAACCCUGAGAGACCCAAUUUACCAUUCCUUUGGCUUUAUACAUCUGUAGUACUUAAGCUGUGUACACUGUUGCUGAGACGUUCCACCUCCCUCUGUCACCUGUAGUCCAAUCUUAUGACAAUGUGUAAUGGACUGGGUGUGGGAGUGUCAAUUGCACAGUUCUGUGUUUAGUGUUGUUUUAAAAUCACCAAAGCUUAACUGCUGUGGUCUAAAAGCAGCAAUAUUCAUCUCUCCAGAUCAGACUUGGCAUCCAGACUCAAGAGGCUUGGUUAUAUUUCGGAAGUUGUAGCAACAUGGUCUCUAGACUCUAGAGCUUAUUGGUAACCUUCUUUAAAAAGAAUAUCCUGUGUUAGUUUGAGACUUGGCCAGCAUACAAGUAUAAAAACUUAGGAGGGGAUUGUGAGGUGGUUACUUUUGCUAAGGACCCAUUGCUGGCAGUGAGGGCUGUUUAUGAAGGGUUAAAAAGGAAAGCAUUAUGAAAAUUCACUAUAGGCUGUUUUUAAUUACUAUUACUUAAAAGGGCAUCUGGAUAAAAGUAGUGACAAACCCACCAGUAGCUAAGCAUUUGUCACCCCCUCAUCAGAAGCCAGUCGUUAGUUUACAGUUAGCACUUUAAAACUAAAUGAGAAAAGAAGUAAUGUUGCCUGUACCUGAUAACCAUGACCAUUUAUUGCGUAUUAUUAAAUUACCCAGAAAAUAGUUGAGGGGAAUGUUAUUCACUUAGUGUAUUACCUGAUGGGGGUACAUCUUAACUUCUCCUCUCAGGCAGCUUUGGAAAAAAAAAAAUCUGCUUCUCUAUCAAAAGGAAACAAGUCAAGAGUCAUUCCUAAGGGUUAAGCCAAACUAGCCUCUAGGGCUUUAAUGAAUAUGGUCCUUUUAGAAAAGUCACAAAAAAACUUGUAUAAAUUAUUUUAUUUAUUAUUGUAAUUAGAUAUUCACAAUCAAAGCUGUCUUCACCAUCUGUGUUUUGUUAAUGUGAAACUAUCAUUAAACAAAAGUUGGUUGCUUAGGGAACAAUAAUUGUAUAUUCAGUUUAACAGAAAUAAAGAAUAUUUGUCUUAAAAUGCAA